GCGCUACGAAUCGCUCGUUUCUAGUGCUACGACCCCCCUAUUACUAGAUGUUGCACCUCUUACAUACCGAUGUUUUGUUACUUGUAAACAAUUUGAAAGUGUGAAAUAUGAAGUUGGGAAUUGUAUACUUGCUUCUAUCUUAUGUCAAAGUUUCAAUUUGCCUGCAAAUAGUCGGUAUAUCGGUACCGGCUAUGAAACAGCGCGGUGACUCCGUAACAAUGGCAUGUGACUUCGACCUGGAGGGAGGCAGACUGUACUCUGUCAAGUGGUACCGAGACAAUGAGGAGUUCUACCGGUACAUGCCCAGACUUCGACCUCCGCAGCAUGCUCAUAGGCUGGAUGGGGUUAAAGUGGACCUAGAGAGAUCGAGCGCACGUCGAGUCCACCUCAGGGAUCUUACGUUGAAAUCUCGGGGACUUUAUCGCUGUGAAGUUUCCGAAGAGGCGCCAUCUUUUCAUUCUGCCCAGUCCGAAGCAUUUAUGGAAGUAUACUACUUUUCACGUGAAAGUCCUCGUAUAGAAGGACACGAACGUCUGUACGAAGUGCAAGAACCUCUAGACGUGAAUUGUUCCUCGGCGAAAGCUUACCCAGCUCCACAACUACAGUGGCACAUAGAUGGGCAAAUGGUUACAGAACCGAGUUGGCUACUUGAGUUUGCACCAAAAGCUGCAGCGCAGGGCUUGUUUGUAUCACAGCUGGGAUUACGAGCUCCGGCCAAGCCGCAUUUGCGGUUGCGAUGUGUUGCGAUCAUGGCCAGCCAUAGACGAGAGAGGACCGUUGUUAUAGAAACCAACUCGACAAGCCGGCGAGUAUUUUCAAACUGGAUUUUAAUUUAUUUAUUAUGUACUUUUAUAAUAAGACAUAAGACAGUUUCGUGAUAUGUCAUGUUAUCUUUUAUCGAAUUAUGUUAACAAUAUUGUAUGGGUUAAUACUUUAAUGAUGAUAUAUUUAUGAUCACAAACUUUUUAUUGUAAGUAAAUAAUUGUAAAUGUACGAUUGUAAAUAAAUCUUUUUGUUAUU